AUGGCCGUGAGAGGCGCCCACGCUAGCGAUGGCCAAGCGGAGGUGCGGGACCGGGCGGCCCGCGAAUUGUUUGUUCAGCUGCAGGGGGGGCAGCUCCUGUGGAGAUGCAAGCAGGCGGUCAAGGCCGAACUCGUCCGACCGCGCACGGGUGCAGCGCCAGCCUCCGUGGCCGUCGCCGAGGCCAUGCGUUCUGGCGGUCUUCGGGCCGAGAUCAAGACGCUCGCUUUCGAGCAAUUCCGCCGCCAGCGCCGCGAACAGCGACCGCUCAACCCGCUGCUGUGCCCAGGCUUGCUGCCACCGCACUCAGCUGCAGCCAAGGUGACGGCCCCUCACCUGGACGCGGUCGAAUGGGCGCGGCAGCGUUGGGCCAGCCUCGCGCGGGAGCGCUUGAUGGAGCUCACGCGGCAGGUCAUCGGCCUGGACAGCUUGUACAGCGUGGUCACCGUGGAGCUGCAGGCGCACUCGGACGCGGCGGCCGGCGGCCUGCUCGGGCGGGCGCCAUGGUGGGGCUCACUGGGCGAGCUGCUCGCCGAGCCGUACGCCCCACAGCUGCGGGCCUGCGCGCGCAGGGGCCUGCCGCCGGCGCUGCGGCGCGCUGUAUGGGCGGCCUGCUUGGCGGUUCACGCGUGGGAGUGCAUCACGGACGAUGUGCUGAGGCUGGACGUGGCGGACUUCUGCGCAAACAACGUCUGCUAUUUUCCCUUCGACGAGAUCGUCGAGUCGAUCUGCCUCGCCUGGAGCCGCGACGUCGCAGUGGCGGGCGACUGCGAUUGCGGCCCGCCGCAGCCGCCAGUGAGUGCCGACGCCGAAGAGGGGGGAGGCUCGUGGGUGCCGCCCUGCGGCGUCGUGCCCUUCUCCAGCUUCACCUGCUACGCCUGCCCUUUCGCCUUUCUGGCCGACCGCCUGGACAUGGCGUACCCACUCUUCCGGGCGUUCUACUGCCGCCACUUAAGCCGGCUGCACACGAUCUCAUGCCAGAGCGGGACGCUCUUGCCGAUCUGUGCGCUCUUCGAGCACCUCGUGUCCGUGAGGGCGCCGCAAGUGCUCUGGCUGUGGGACUUGAUCGUUGGCUUCGACUCGCCCGAGAUCGUAGCUGUCCUCGCCGCGGCCAUCCUCGCCUUCAGGGCUCGCCUCCUGCUCUCUGCUCAGAGCGCCGAGGACGUGUCCCUCGUGUUCUGUGAUCUCUCUGGCCUGGAGGCCUUGCCACUGAUUCAGGCAUUCCUCUUCCCCGCCGAGCUCGGCGGCAACCCGCUGGAGCUAUGA